AUGCUGUGCCAUCCCAUUGCCACUCUGGCUCUAGGGCUGUCUAUUCUUCCAUGGAGCUUGGCCAAGAAUAUUACAAAGGCCAUACCUGCAAAGGAGGCAGCUGCCCUUGCAGCUGUUCAGGAAGACACUCCUGAAACGUUCAGCGCUAAGAAGGGUGGGAGUUUGAGUCCAGACUACCCUCUUAUCUUCAAAGUGGCACUCCCAAUCCCACCUGUCAAGCAGCCGUCCAAGGUCAUCACCAACCCUACAACUGGCAAAGAGAUAUGGUACUAUGAGGUGGAGAUCAAACCCUUCACUCAACAGGUUUAUCCCAACCUGCGCAAGGCCAACCUGGUCGGCUACGACGGAAUGUCGCCUGGUCCCACCUUCAUUAUUCCACGAGGAACCGAGAGCGUUGUGCGAUUCAUCAACAAUGCUCCGGCAGAGAACUCUGUCCAUCUUCAUGGCUCCUUCUCUCGUGCACCGUUUGACGGCUGGGCUGAGGAUGUGACAUUCCCAGGCCAGUAUAAGGACUACUACUAUCCCAACCAGCAGUCCGCCCGGUUGCUGUGGUACCACGACCAUGCUAUGCAUAUCACUGCCGAGAACGCAUACAUGGGCCAAGCUGGCGCCUACAUUCUCCGGGACCCAGCUGAGGACGCCCUUGGACUGCCCAGCGGGUAUGGCGUAUAUGACAUCCCACUCAUCCUCACAUCUAAGCAGUACAACUCUGAUGGUACGCUCUUCUCGACCAACGGCGAAACCAAGAGCUUAUGGGGAGAUGUUAUCCAUGUGAAUGGACAACCGUGGCCGUUCCUCAAUGUUGAGCCCAGGAAGUAUCGCUUUCGGUUCCUCAAUGCAGCAGUGUCUCGAUCAUUUGCACUUUAUUUCGCGUUGACUGAAAAUGUCAAUGGCAAGCUGCCCUUCAAGGUGAUUGCGUCAGAUGCAGGCCUCCUGACUGGCCCGGUGCAAGUUUCCGAUAUGUAUGUCUCGAUGGCCGAGCGUUAUGAGAUCGUCUUCGACUUCUCCUCAUAUGCUGGCAAGACAAUUGAGCUCCGCAACCUCGAGCGCGCUGGCGGCAUUGGCGUAGAGGAUGACUUCGAUAACACGGACAAAGUCAUGCGCUUCGUCGUAGGUAAGGGACCCCUCGCCACGCCCGAUACAUCGGUCGUGCCCGCGUCACUCCGACAGGUGCCUUUCCCUCCCUCGGGCAGCGUUAUCAACCACCAGUUCCGCUUCCACCGCCACAAUGGCGAGUGGCGUAUUAACGAUAUCGGCUUUUCGGAUGUGAACAACCGAGUGCUGGCCAAGGUUCCGCUCAACACAGUCGAGAUCUGGGAGCUCGAGAACCGCUCUGACGGUUGGACACACCCGAUUCAUAUCCACCUGGUUGACUUCCGAGUCAUCUCUCGAGAAGGCAAUCGUGCAGUUAUGCCAUACGAGUCUCAAGGUCUGAAGGACGUGGUGUGGUUAGGACGAGGCGAGAAAGUUCUGGUCGAGGCUCACUAUGCCCCUUGGGAUGGCGUGUACAUGUUCCACUGCCACAAUCUGAUCCAUGAAGACCACGAUAUGAUGGCAGCGUUCAAUGUCACAGCAUUGUCUGACCUUGGAUAUAACGACACCUCGUUCAUCGACCCCAUGGAGCAGAAGUGGCGAGCCAAGCCAUACCAGGUCGCUGACUUCCAGGCUCGCACGGGCCCUUUCAGUGAACAAGCCAUCAUCAGCACUGUUCAGGCCAUGGCUAACAUGCAGCCGUACAAACGCAUUGACGGAGCUGCGGCCAAAGCUGCGUCAACAAAGCGAGAGGUGCUGUCUGCGAAUGAAGGGACGGGACCCAUCCCGAGGUUCCGCAGAUUUGUGGUCUGA